UCGGCUAAAAAUGUAAUUAAUGGUUGGAAUAGUGAUCACUUGUCAUUGACUUCCACCCUUGUUAUGUGGUGAAAUUCCUAUAUAAUUUCAUAUCAUCACAUUUUCAUUGUAUUUCUUUUUCAAAAAUGUAUUAUUUACAAAUCAGAAAAAAUGUAGAGAUUAAUCUAGACUAUAUAGUCCUCGGUCAUAUAAUAUUUUGUUAUAUCACACUCGAGAAGUCAUUUUUAAGAAGUUUAGUUUCACAAGUUCACAGAGAGAGAGAGUACUAGAAAACUGAGAAAGGAGGAGGAGGAGGAGGAGGGUGAGUUCCCAGAAAUUUGAAGCCACUGAUUAUGACACUGAACGCGUUUUCUAUCUUGCCUCGUUGACUAGUCGCGUUGAAGUGAAGUGUGAACCCAACCACCUAAAACGACCUCGUCAUUCUUUAGUCUUGUCCAGUGUUUUUUUUUUUAAUUAUAUUAUCAGUAUAAAAUAUCUAUCACUUUAUGAUAAUUAAUGUUCGUAAAAUUUGACCUCACAUAAUGAUUUCUUUCUUUCUAAUCACUUUUUUAAACCAUAAUAUUUGAAUUUGAGAUCUUAAAGAACUUAAGGAGAUCGAGAAUAAUACUAAACUUAUGUAUGCUGGUGUCGUCUUAUUAUUUCCCACACUCUUUCAACGUCAUUCAGUACUCUUUUUUCUACCUCUUUUAAGUAUUUCAACCUCAGAGGCCCACUCCAUUUCCAAAACUCUUGUGGAGUCUGGACCCUUCCCUUGUGAUAUUUAUUUUUAAUGUUCAUUACCGUGCAUUCAAGUGUUUCUCAAUCUGGUCUGCGUCUGAUACACGGUUACCAAGACAAGAUAAGGAUGGUGGAUGGAAGUUUUGAAGCAGAGUCAGUUUAGAGAUUAUAAGGAGUGAUCAAACUAGUCAAGUCUUUGUGCUUGUUUCAAAAGGCGUAAGAAAUAAUUGGUCUCACUUUCUCUAAAGGCCGGAGAUGUAUGUAUUUCUUGGUUUCACACUCCCUCUUUCAUCUUCCAUGGAACCUUUUUCAAGGGGGUAUUCCGUAGUCAUUUUUUAGUUCAACUGGCGUAUCAAGAACUUCAAGUUGGGGUUAUAUUGGGAGGACUAUAAAAACAAUACAAACUUGAGCUUACUUUGGAGUUUAGAGAAUCAAAUCCUAGUUGAAUUCUAUUCUCCUUUUUGCUCAUAGACGUACUGGGUGAUUCAGGAAGGAUGGGUUCAGUUUAUGAAUUAGUAUUAUUGCUUUUAUUUUGUGGCCUUAUGCCACUUGUCUUGGCGGCUGGGAACCAAGCAGAGUGUCCACCUUCGUUUCCAUGUGGAUAUCUUGACAAUAUCAGUUUCCCAUUCACUCUAACUGAACGCCCGGACUGUGGCUUAUUGCCCAUUAGCAAUUGUGAUGAUCCACUUAAGCCCAAAAUGAUCCAAUUACACAAAAAGGGAGUAUCGUUUCAGCUUGUACGUGUUGCUCAGCUUUUCAGUAGUCCUACUACUCCUCUCACAACUUUUCAAUUUAGAGACACAAAUCUCUAUGACCUUCUGCAGAACGAAAGUUGUGAAGCUUUCAGAAACAAUUAUACUCUUCCUUUUCCUCACAGCUUUCACUUUGCUUCUUUUCAUCUCCAAUACAACACAACUCUGUUCAGGUGCAACCGCAGCCUCCAUGUCAGCCCUCCCACAAGCAUGCAUAAUUAUACAAAGUGCGCUGAUUACGAUCUCUACUACAAUAACACCUCCUACAAUAACAUCUCCAGAGCUGCAGAUGCGUCUUUGAGAGCAUGUACAAAGGUCCUGCUUCCAAUUAAAGACACGCCUGACGCUAACAACCCAUUCACAUUCGUAACUGCAGAUAUCUUGACUAAAGUAGAAUUAACCCAUGAAUGUGCAGCUUGCCACUAUCGCAGAGGAGGGCAGUGUCAACUUGACAGCAGAGAGAAAUUUUGUUGUACCAACGGUAUACUACAACAAAAUCCCUGUAAACACCCAUGAAUGCAAUGCACUAACACUUGUUUCUUCAAUCAGUUUUUCACAUUUUCGGUUCUUAAAUGUUUCCUUCACAAUUU